GACGGAUGUCCUACCCUCUGGCUAUUCCUAGCUGAGGCGGGGCAGCGGGAGCCAUGGCGGCUGUGAGCGAUGUUCAGCGGCUACAGGCCCGUGUGGAGGAGCUGGAGCGCUGGGUGUACGGACCAGGCGGCUCUCGCGGCUCGCGGAAGGUGGCUGAUGGCCUGGUCAAGGUGCAGGUGGCUUUGGGGAACAUCGCCAGCAAGAGGGAGAGGGUGAAGGUUCUGUACAAAAAGAUUGAAGACUUGAUCAAAUACCUGGAUCCUGAGUACAUUGACCGCAUUGCCUUACCUGAUGCCUCCAAGCUGCAGUUCAUCUUGGCAGAGGAGCAGUUCAUUCUCUCGCAGGUUGCACUUCUGGAGCAGGUGGACGCUCUGGUGCCCAUGCUGGACAGCACUCACAUCAAAGCCGUUCCUGAGCAUGCUGCCCGCCUGCAGCGCUUGGCCCAGAUCCACAUCCAGCAGCAGGACCAGUGUAUGGACGUCACUGAGGAGUCCAAGGCUCUCCUGGAGGAAUACAACAAGACUACCAUGCUUCUCUCCAAGCAGUUUGUGCAGUGGGAUGAACUUCUCUGCCAGCUAGAAGCUGCCAAGCAGGUGAAGCCUGUGGAAGAGUGAAUGGUGCUUCCCAUCCCAGGGUGGGCUGGGGCAGCCAGGCUCCAGGACCUGUGCCAGCCUGCCCUUGUAACAGAGCAGAAGAGAGUUGGCUCUGUAUUUAUUGGAUUCGAGACCUACCUGGUUUCAUUCAGGUGGGGCUCUGAGGUCAGAGAUCUGGUUACUUGAGAUUUGCUCUUUGCACCUCCUCCCUUCAUCAGCGUCCUGUUCCAGUGACAAUAAAACUGUAGAGACCACUUCA